CCACUACACCGCUGUACCGCUGCUCGCUUCCCUAACACUACAGGAACGGCUUCAGCUCGGGGAUUCCCGUGGUGCUGCUGGCCAUAGCGCCAUGGCUCAGACCCUUCAGAUGGCGAUUCCCAACUUCGGCAACAACGUCCUGGAGUGUCUAAAUGAGCAGCGGCUACAGGGCCUGUACUGUGAUAUCUCAGUGGUGGUAAAGGGCCACGCCUUCAAGGCGCACCGGGCCGUCCUGGCGGCCAGCAGCGCCUAUUUCCGUGACCUCUUCAACAGCGGCACCGGCGGCAAGGCGUCCGCCGUGGUGGAGCUGCCGCCGGCGGUUCAGCCUCAAAGCUUCCAGCAGAUUCUGGCCUUCUGCUACACGGGUCGUCUUAGCAUGAACGUGGGCGACCAGUUCCUGCUCAUGUACACCGCCGGGUUCUUGCAGAUCCAGCAGAUCAUGGAGAAGGGUACAGAGUUCUUCCUCAAAGUCAGCUCGCCCAGCUGCGACUCGCAGGGUCUCCACGUCGAGGAGACGCCGCCAUCCGAACCUCAGAGUCCCGUCACUCAGACGGCUGUUGGCGUCUCUGCCAAUGGAGGAGGAGGCGGCGGUGGUGGUGUAGGAGGCGGAGGAGGUGUAACGGCUACCAGUCGCCCCUCUUCUUGCCUCACCCCACUGCCUCUGUUGUCUCGUGUUAAGGCAGAGCAGCCCGAGGCCUCGCCCUACUCGGUGGUCUGCACCCCAGUGGCCAAACGCCUCUGGGAAGGAACCGGCGGAGCUGGAGGAACUGGUGGACGCAAAGCUGCCCGCUUUUCCCAAGACAUGACACGCAACAGUGCCAUCCAGCCACAGGGACUGGCUGUGGGUUUGGCUGCGGCACCAACAAGCCACACCACCAAUGGUAACGGGGCGAGCAGCAGUGCCACGCCUGAGGGCACAAGCCCAGGCACCGUUAGCGCCUAUGCCAGUGACUCGCCCAUCUCCUACCAUGACGACGAGGAGGAGGAAGAGGUCGCGGAGGACGGUGCGGAGGAGCAGUACAGGCAGAUCUGCAACAUGUACACCAUGUACAGUAUGCUCAAUAUGGGCGCCGUAGGUGGAGAGCGUGUGGAAGCUCUGCCUGAACACUCAGAGACCCGGAGCCGGAUGCGGGGACGCCAGGACUUGGCAUCACUCCCUGCUGAACUUAUUGCCCAAAUCGGCAACCGGUGCCAUCCCAAACUAUACGAGGAGGGCGACCCGGCCGAGAAGUUAGAGCUGGUCACAGGAACGGGUGUUUACAUUUCACGAGCCCAGCUGAUGAACUGUCACGUCAGCGCAGGUACCAGACACAAAGUGUUGCUGAGGAGGCUACUGGCUGCUUUCUUUGAUAGGAGCACUCUGGCUAACAGUUGUGGCACCGGCAUCCGCUCGUCCACCAACGACCCCAGCCGCAAGCCACUGGACAGCCGCGUCCUGCACGCCGUCAAAUAUUACUGUCAGAACUUUGCGACGAGCUUCAAGGAGAGCGAGAUGAACGCCAUCGCGGCGGACAUGUGCACCAACGCGCGGCGCGUCGUCCGCAAGAGCUGGAUCCCCAAGCUGAAGCUGCUCAUGGCCGAGAGCGACGCCUACACCGGCUUCCUUCCGGACGGCGUGAAGAUGGAGGCUGAGGCUCUGGGAGCCGAGGCGGCUUUCGGGGCGGCCGAUCUGGAGGGCGGGGCCUCGCUCGAGACGGCUCCUUCAUCUGAAUCCUUGGCGCAGGGCGUGGGCGGAGACGCUGGAGGUCUGUUCCAAUGAGUGGGCCGCAAAGAGGGAAACCCCGCCUCCUGUCCUUUUCCACCCCUGCCUUGGUAUCCGUGUGACUCUGUCCUCCGCUACCUCUGCCUGCGGGAGUCUGGAGGAGUAAGUGGGGUUUAGCAGAAGGCCGGGGCGCCUCUGGUUUUAUUUUCAUGUUUUUUUUUGGUUUGUUUUUCCCCCUAAAUAACCCCUUUUUUGCACAGAAGCCUCUUGCUUCCAUGCUUUACCAAUCUGUAUAUUGUGUGAUUUUGAUUUGGCUCGUAAAACAAGGCCUCCGUAACAUCCGUGUGGGUGCGAGCGCAGAGGUCGCGGUUCCCCUAAUCACACUGUACUAAUAUUUUUGAAUGUAUGCGUCCGCAGCACCAAGUGUCGCGAGACAAGCCGAUUGUAUUUGGCCAGAGAAAUAAUAGGCCAAAAGUCGUAGCCACUGUAGCGAUGGAGGGAGAGGACGGAGCCGAGAGAGAGAGAGCAAUAGAAAGAGAGAUGUAGGUGGCUUCUUCUGUCUCCAAUUCGGAAAGAAUUUAUAUUCCCUCCUCUACUCCUACUCUUCCUCAAAACGUCUGGUAUUCCAACCAGAAGAGAAAAGAAAA